ACAAAAACUCACUUUCGAUUUGUUUUGUUUUUAUUUGUCUGUUUUCAUUUUAGAUUCGACUUGAUUCAAUUUUUAAUUCUCUGCAACAUUUUUCCACAUUUAUUUAUUUUGUGUUACCGACUCUUCGUGCAUAAUUUCAAUAAUUUGUAGAAAGAUAACCGAAGGUUCUUAAUAAUAUGGAUUUUUCAACAAACAGAAAUAAUUCUCUCUGCCAGUCCAAGGCCAACUGCAACAGUCGCUUAUCGUUUACAGCUGAGUGGUAUCAAGAAGAAGCUGAAAUAAACCGUUUAUUUUUUGUAUAUUUUUAUCCUUCUGAACAAGCUCUUGAAGUUUUUGAGCAAAAAACCAAAAAGACUUUUCUACGGCGCACAAGGAUGCCAGAGUUGUCAAUAAAGGACUUCUUCAUUGGCUCAAGUAUUUGCGUUUUCGGAAGACAAUUCGAUAUUAUUGACUAUGGAGAUGAAAUGACCAAAAAUAGUCUAUCAAAGUUUCGAACUAGAACGUUUAUGUUGCUUAAACCUUCUAUCAUUCAGAAAUUGGGAGUCAUAUUAACUUAUUUAUUUGAGAGUGAUGUUCGUAUUAGUGACGCUCUAAUGGUGCAAUUUUCUCCUGAAACUGCUCGAAAGUUCUUCAGCGACCACAGUAAGGAAGACAUUGAUAAGACAGCACUCAUGAGUGAUCUUCUAACAGGAUCGUCUAUAGGACUUGUUGUUAUCGGUGACAACAUUAUGCAUAAAUUAAAAUCUUGCCAAGAUAAAACAAAAGACUCGUUCAGUUCAGAUGUUCAUCCCUCGUUGCGAAAGUUAUUCGAAGAAGAAGAAUAUCGACGAGGACUGUAUUGUUCGCCAACAGAAGCUGAUGUAAAUAAAAGUAUAUCAUUUUUCUUUGAUAAAAAAAACAACCUUAAACUAGCUCCUCUAUGUUCAAAUACAACACUUGCUGUUAUAAAACCACAUGCUAUAAAAGAAGCUAAAUUGGGACACAUCAUCUCCGAAAUUUUAAAUCGCGGAUUUAAAAUAAAUGUUUUAAGAAUGCAGAUUUUAGAGCGGGUGAAUUGUGAAGAAUUCUAUGAAGUCUACAAAGGAAUACUACCUGAAUAUAUUCCAAUGGUAGCAGAACUUGCAAGUGGUGUUUGUAUGGCAUUAGAAAUUUAUUCCGACGAUAGUUCUUUAGACACUUAUAAAGAAUUUCGAGAAUUAUGCGGACCAAUGGAUCCUGAAGUUGCAAAACUGCUUCGUCCAAACUCACUUCGAGCCAAAUUUGGAACAACAAAAGUUAAAAAUGCAAUACACUGCACUGAUCUUAAAGAGGAUACUGGUUUAGAAAAUCAAUACUUUUUCAAAAUUCUCACAGAAUCUUAGACUUAAUUUUAUUGUAAAAAAGAAAAUAUACAACAUCCGUCCUAAAAAAUCUAUUUCAAAAACAAAUGUUCAAAUAUUUCGAUUUAUUAAACUAUUGCUACUCAAACUCGUCA